AUGAAAAGACCACGCCAAGGAGGAGACCACGCCAAGGAGGAGACCACGCUAAGGAGGAGACCACGCCAAGGAGGAGACCACGCCGAGGAGGAGACCACGCCAAGGAGGAGACCACGCCAAGAAAGAGACCACGCCAAGGAGGAGACCACGCCAAGGAGGAGACCACGCCAAGAGAGAGACCACGCCAAGGAGGAGACCACGCCAAGGAUUAGACCACACCAAGGAGGAGACCGCGCCAAGGAGGGACCAAUCCAAGGAGGAGACAAAGCCCAGGAGGAGACCACCCAAGUAAGGAGACCUUGCCAGCAGGAGACCACGCCAAGGAGAAGAUCACGCCAAGGAGGACACCACACUAAGGAGAAGACCAAGCCAAGGAGAAGACCACGCCAAGGAGAGGACCGAGCCAGUGGAGAGACACGCCGAAGGGACCACCACACCAGCUAG